CAACAAGAGUGAAUUCGUGUCCACUACGGAUAGUAGUGGUACGAAUAAAGCAGUGUACGCGCUAGACUGUGAGAUGUGCGUAACUGUCAAUGGGUACGAGUGCUGUCGGGUAACCGUCGUGCGAGAAGACUACUCCAUCGAAUACGAGACGCUCGUCAAGCCGCACGACAUGAUCAUCGAUUACGUGACCAAACAUAGUGGAAUCGACGAGGAAAUUAUGGAACAGGGACCUAGCAAGUCUUUGCGAGAGGUUCACAGUGAUUUGCUGGAGCUCAUAAAAGAAGACACAAUUUUGAUUGGGCACAGCAUCGGCAACGAUUUAAAGUCGCUAAAGCUCAGCCACGACAAGCUUGUCGACACAGUCAUCGUUUUCCCACACUCAAAUUCCUUCAAAAGAAAUUCUCUGUGGUGGUUGGCGAGAAGGUUCCUCGAUCAGAGCAUCCAAGACGGAGAUGGACAUGACAGCGCAGAAGACGCCCGUACCUGUAUGAAAUUGAUGCAGUACAAAGUGGGACUUCAUGAAGAAUUUUUAGAUCAAAUGUAGCUAUUUUAAGACAAAAGACGAAAAUUUUUAAACUGAGCGUUGAUUAGUAUUCUUAAAAUUAUUCUUAUUCUGUUUUUAUACUUUUUAAACUACUUUUCUGUAUUAUAUUUGCAUGUUUGGAA